CCUGAGAUGGUGUCAGUGCAGCACAAUGGCACCCAUGCUUGUACAUCACGUUGCUAGUGUCAGGUUUGCUUGCAUUUUGCUAUAUCCCAAUACUCCAAGCAGCAUAAGGACACUUACAUGCCAUCUAAACGAGGUCAUGUUGCUAGACAAUUCGAUAUCGCAGUUUAUUUACUAAGCCCAAUGCAAACCUGUCCAUGUGCAGUGGACCAUCUCGUCUGCUCUCCAAUGCCAUAUAAAUGCAUGCAGAGUUCAAAAUCCGCUGUUUGAGCCAGUGUAAUGGUAGACAAAAAUAGCCUUGGGAUUUUACGCAGUGGAAAACCAACUAUGCAUACACCUGUGUGGACAGUGGCUAUGCACAUGUACAAUGUAUAGUAAUAUCCCGUACUGUAUGAGUGCUUCUUUGUAAAUUUACUUCCCCGUAUGAGUCACACGAGAGACAGUGAUAUCCUUCAAAUGUGAGGAAUUUGUCAAGAUUUUCAUCAUUUUUCUUUGCAAAGAGAGGUGCACACCUAGAAGAUGGCUGCCACAGUGACUGCAGAGUCGGUUUGGGAAAAGAUUAUCCAACGUCGUCUAGAAUGCUCCAUCUGCCGCGCCCGUUAUCAAGAGCCCAAGAUGCUGAACUGCACACACAGUUUCUGUCUCAGAUGCCUCCAAGAUAUAAACCAGACACAUGGUCCCAACACCAACAAGCUCACGUGUCCACUAUGCCAGAGAGAAACCAUUAUUCCCGAGGGUGGCAUAACUGACUUGAUAAGCAAUUACGACCUAGUUGCUCUGUUAGCAGAUGUGACCAAACAGGAGCAGUUCCUACAAAGAGAUGCGACAAAGGUCAUGUGUCAGGGAUGUGACGAGGGCAAUGAGGCAAUAUCCCACUGUAUGGACUGUGGGCAUUAUCUCUGCCAAGAGUGUAAGAAGGCACAUCAGCGGCUGGCUGCACUGCGAACCCACAAACUGACAUCUCUGGCAGAACUGAGUGAUGAAACAAUGACAAAGCCUGUAUCAACUAAAGGCUAUGUCUCUAAAUGUGACAGCCAUCCUGGUCAGGAACUCUGCUUCUACUGCAAUCCGUGUGAGCAGCUAAUCUGCAAAGUUUGUUCCACUUCUAGCCACAGAGAGCCCGCACACAGCUUCGUCAACUUCAAGACUGCCACUGACAUCUGCCUGAAUCGUGCCCGUGAACUGACAUUCCAUGUCUUCAAAUUUAACUCAGCCAAAGCUGCCACCCAAAUUCCAACCAACUGGGAGUCCUCUCGCAAAAGACUGAGCAUGAUGCUGGCUCAAACCAAACGACAGAUUUGUCAGAAGGCUGAGAUGGAGGUGGCCAAGAUCAGGCAGAAGGAGAGACAACUUCUCCAGCAGGCACAACUGGUCUUCGGGAGAAGGGACAAGACACUUGCCGAACUCGUACUUGCAGAGCACACUAUGAAGAUGGUGCACACGAACAUGACAGAGGCCAGCCAGCUGGACAUCUUGAAACUCCGGGAAAAGCUCCUACACAGCCACAAGGAUGUGAUCACGGAGCCAACUGACGACUUGACCCCCGAACUCUCCUUCAUCAGCUUUGCAGAGAAUCAGACAGAGGUUGACAUUGGAAAUAUGCUGCUGAAAGAAAAGUGGACAGUGAUGAGUAGCUCUAAUAUCACUGGAGAACUGAUUGCGUCACUCUCCACAAAUGACACAGUGGUGGUUAACAAAGGCCAACAGAAGCUGACAAAGCUGAGUCCAGAUGGCAAGAUCCUUCACGUCUGCCCAAUCAGCCAACUGCAGGGUGAGGAUCCAGGGGCAGUAAGGCGGCCUGUUGAUUUUGAAGUCAACAAAGAUGACCAGUUAAUUAUCCUGUUUGAAUCUGCCGUCAAGAUCUUCAACAAGGAAUACCAGCUUCUUCACCAGUUCUCACCGAGCAAGGAGGCGGACACUGACGGCACGCCAUCAUGCCUAGCAGUGGAUGGCAACAAUCUGAUAGCAGUGGGCUACAAGGAUAAGGAACGCAUCUCUCUCCACAACCCAGACGGAUCCUUCAUCAGGACACUGCCUUCUCCUGCAAUUGGUAGCUACAUGACUAUCAGCACGCAGAGGAUCAUCUACACCAAUACCUACACCAAACAGCUCAUAUCAGUCGAUUAUGAGGGCAAUGAGAAAUUCAGGGAGCAAAUAUACCAAGGGCAGGUGCCCCGUGGAGUGUGCUGCGAUGAGGCUGGAGAUAUCUACAUCAUAACUGAAUCUUACUGCUUAUAUCAUUACAGUUCAGAGGGCAAGUACAUUGAAACUCUGGUCCGAGAUCUGCGUGACCAUAAUGACAUCAAGUUCACCUCUAAGGGUCAGUUAGCAAUGACUGGCCCAUCAUCAACAAGAAUAUACCAUCGUAUUUAAAAUGAGAAGCAUAAGAUACGUACGCUUGGACAAAUUAUGUACUCGGGUAAUUCCAGAAAUUAGGGGUCCAAAAGUGUGACAUUUUUGUGUCCCUGUUACAUCUGACCUUUGUUAUUUGA